CUUCUUGAGAUCUAGAGACACUGAACUUUAUCACACCAUCUCAUUAUGGAAGAGCCAAUUGGAAUUGUAGGAGCUGGUAUAACCGGCCUGGCAACUGCCUAUGUCCUCUCACCCAAGUACUCCAUAACAAUCGUAGCCCGAGAACUUCCUGGGGACCUCGGAACCAACUGGGCGAGUCCAUGGGCCGGAGCAGUCUUCCACCCUCAAAGCAAAGCCACCAAGAUGCAGCAAGAAAUGCAGAAAAGAAGCUUCAAAUUCUAUUGGAAUCUAGCUCACCAAGACCCAUCAAGUGGCGUCAAGAUAUACCCAAUGACUGAGUAUUUCGAUGACAGGAACAAUGAUUCUGAUAUCUGGUACAAGACUUUGAUGCCUGAUUAUCGAAUUAUUGCCAAGUCUGAACUGCCGGAGGGUGUCUCGAUGGGAGUGAAAUACACUGCGUUGGCUAUGAGUCCGUUGCUUCUUUUGCCCUGGCUCAAGAAGAAACUAGAGGAGAGAGGUGUCAAGUUUGUUCGGAAAGAGGUCAAGAGCCUGGAUGAAGUACAGAAGAUUACCUCGGCAAAGAUCAUUGUCAAUGCAUCAGGCGUUGGUGCUAAGGAAUUGGCUUCUGACGAUGCUGUUCACCCAGUGAGAGGUCAGACAAUGUUCGUCAAAACAGACCUCAAUGAGCUUUUCAUGAGAGAGGGAUCAGAAUAUACCUACAUUAUUCCCAGGGUUGGAUCAGGUGGAGUGAUUAUGGGAGGCAUCAAGUCUGACAGGUUGGAUGCUGAGGUAGAUGUUGAAUUGAAGAGUGAUAUCUUGAGGAGGGUCAAUCAUAUGACGAAGGGGGCUUUCGACGGGCUGGAUCUGGAGAGCGUGGUCGAUCUUGUUGGCUUUAGGCCUGGAAGGACUACUGGACUCAGGGUCGAGAAAGAGGGCGAUGUCGUCCAUGCUUAUGGAGCUGAGGGUGCGGGGUAUAUAUACUCCUUUGGGGUUGCUGCCAAGGUUAAGGAGUUAAUUGAGGCUGGUGUGCUAAGGGCAAAGUUGUAGAAAGAUGAUGAUUCCAUUUGAUACGGCCUAGUACUUCGAUUUAUGCGUCCUUAUACUUUAAUAAAAGAACUAAUCAGGUAAAUCUGGGUUGAUGGCUUCACUAUUGUCGCGAGUGGAUAGUACCUUUGUUCCCGGUUUGGUCAUAGUGUAAGGAGCGUUUCCUCUGCACUAUGGCC